GAAUGCCAAGAAGGAUUUUAUCUUACCAGCUCAGGAAAAUGCUCUCCUUGCAACUGUAAUGGUAAUGCCAACGGAUGCCUUGAUGGAUCUGGAAUCUGUGUGGACUGCCAGAGAAACACAACAGGACAACACUGUGAGCAAUGUCCAGACGGCUUCAUUGGUGACGUUGUCAGAGGAGUGCCCACGUUCUGCCAGCCCUGCCCCUGCCCCCUGCCGGCACUUGCCAACUUUGCAGUCUCCUGCUACAGAAAAAGUGGAAGCGUGCGCUGUGUCUGUAAGGAAAACUAUGCAGGACCCAACUGUGAAAGGUGUGCCCCCGGUUACUAUGGGAACCCUUUGCUAAUUGGAAGCACUUGUAAAAAAUGCGACUGCAGUGGCAACUCAGACCCGAACCUCAUUUUUGAAGACUGUGAUGAAGUGACUGGCCAGUGCCGCAACUGCCUGCGCAACACCACCGGCUUCAAGUGCGAACGAUGCGCUCCCGGUUACUAUGGGGAUGCCAGAUUUGCUAAAAACUGCACAGAAUGUAACUGUGGAGGGAGAAUGUGUGACAGCCAGACUGGAGAAUGCCUCGCAGACAGUCCUGAAGUUUCUACUGACACAGACUGCCCAACCAUCAGCUGCGAUAAAUGUAUUUGGGAUUUGACAGAUGACAUCCGAUUGGCAGUUCUGGCUAUCGAUGAAAGCAAAUCAACUAUACUGAGCAUUUCUACAGGUGUUGCAGCUCAAAAGCGCUUGAAUGACCUGAACUUGACCACCACCCAUCUCCAGGCAGCAAUGUCUCAAAAAAAGAACCAUGCUGAGCUUUGGACCAUCCAGGUUGAUGAUGCUGCAGAUGAAAUGAAUGAUCUCCUGAGAGAAGCAGCAACACUUGACGAACAGGGAAAUGAAGCAUCCAGCAGAGGCCUACUGGUACAGAAGGAAACCAUGGAGACCAACAACCGUGCUACUCAGCUUGUGCAGCAGCUCAGUAAUAUGAGGGAUAACAUUCAAGAAAUCAGCAGCAAGAUGAAAUACUACGCAGUUCAACAAGAGCUGAGCCCUGAGGAAAUUGCCCAAAAGCAGAGCAUGGCUGAGGAGAUGCUGAAGGAGAUCCAACGCCGUAAGCCGUUCACCAACGAGAGGCAACGUGCAGAUGAAGAGGAAAACGCAGCAGAGGAGCUGCUACAGCAAGUUGAAGAGUUUCAUGAGAGGUACAAUGACACGAGAUCUCUAGUAUCCGACGUGCUCGAGCAGCUCAGCGACCAGGACAUGAAGCUGUCAGACCUGGAGGAGGCAUUAGACCAGGCGUUUGCCUAUGUUAUACAAACAGAGGAUAUAAAUAAGGAAAACACAGCCGGUCUUCAAAGGCGGGAGAAACAACAAGAGAAAAUAAACAAUCAAAUAGAUGAAGUGAAUGGCAUUCUGCUAAGUGCCACAACUAUUUUGGCAGGACCACAAAGGGUCAACUCUGAGUUAAGUGAGGUAAUAAAGAAUGUGUCAGGGUUCUAUGCAGAAAUAGAUGGAGCAAAAAAGGAAUUGCAAGAAAAACUAGCCAAUCUGUCUCUGUUUGAUGAAGAUUUGGUAGAAAAGGCUAUGCAUCAUGCACACAACCUAAGAAGACUUGCUGAUGAGCUGGACCGGAAUCUGUAUGGUAUUGAUACAAAUGGUUUGGUACAAAGGGCAAUAAAUGCUUCAAAUGUGUAUGACAACAUUGUUGGCUACAUUGAAGAAGCUAAUACAGCUGCACUGCUGGCACUGAACACAACAAACCGGGUCAAUGAUGCUGCAGUUGGAAUCGAUACUCAAAUCAUUUAUCAUAAAGGUAAAAGCGAAGGACUUCUCAACCAAGCCAUGGAGCUACAGCGGACAGCAGAUGACAGUAACAAUUUAGCCAUUGCAGACACUAGCCGGCAUGUUAAUGGCACUCUUGCCAGAAUGAAUGCUCUGCGAAUCCAACUGAUGAGAGCCAUCACAAAAAUGCAAUCUGCAGAGCCAGUGGAGGCCAGAGAGCGUUUGGAGCAAGCUAAACAGAAGACUGAAGAGGCCUUAAGUGCUACCGUGACAGUAACACAGGCUACAACCCCCAUGGAUGAGAAUGUGAGGUUGUGGUCUCAAAACCUGCAAGACUUCCAGCACAACUCAGCAGCAUAUGACAGCGCUGUCCAUUCAGCUGGGGAUGCAGUGAAGAAACUUACAGAAGUCUUCCCUCAACUCCUGGACAAAUUGCACAGAGUAGAACAGAAGGCACCAGCAAAUAAUAUUUCUUCCAGCAUUCAGCGGAUCAGAGAGUUAAUUGCUCAAACCAGGAGUGUAGCAAGCAAGGUCCAAGUUUCCAUGAUGUUUGGAGGCCAAUCAGCUGUUGAAGUCAAUCCAAAGAUCAACAUGGAGGAACUCAAAUCUUUCACUUCAAUGAGCUUGUACAUAAAGAUUCAGAAAGACAACCCACAACUGGCAGCAUCUCCAGACAGAUUUAUUUUGUACCUUGGAAACAAAAAUGCGAAAAAUUACAUUGGUCUUGCGAUCAAAAAUGACAACCUUGUGUACAUCUAUAAUCUGGAGGGACAAGAAGUGGAGGUACCUCUGGAUGCCAAGCCAGUCAGCACCUGGCCUUCUUACUUCAGCAUCAUCAAAAUUGAAAGGAUUGGAAGACACGGCAAAAUGUUUUUAACUCUGCCCAGUCUUAGUAGCACAGCUGAAGAAAAAUUCAUCAAAAAGGGAGAGGUUCUUGGUCCUGGCUCUCUCCUGAAUUUGGAACCUGACAAUGCUGUCUUCUAUGUUGGUGGUGUGCCUCCAGACUUCAAG